AUGGAGUUGAACAGGGAGCUCAAGAUGAUCAACGGAGCCCCGAUUCGAGAGUCACUCGUAGACACGAAGCUGCUCGGCAAGCCAGACAAGUUCUCAGGAGAGUUAGAUGAGAAUGCGAAGUAUCGAGACGGAGUUACGUGGGAGAACUGGAGUUUCGUCCUGUCAGCCUACUGCAUGGCGGACAAGGGGCAGGGCAUAGUGAAGAGUGUUGCAGCUGGAGAGGGACUGGAAGCAUGGAGAUUGUUGUAUGACGAGUUCGAGCCGAAGGUCCCCUCCAGGUUCUCAGGCAUGCUGGAUGCGAUUAUGUACCCGACGAUGCAGGAGCACGACCCGAUCAAGAGCAUCGUAUCAUGGGAGACGAUGGUUCAGAAGUACGAGGAGCAGACGGCGGAGAAGGUGAUGGAGUCGAUCAAGAAGUCAGUGAUCAGCACGCGCCUAGUACCACAGAAGCUGAGAGAGCACCUGAUGUUGAAUGCGACGAGGUUCACUGCUUAA